AUGUCUUUGCGUUUGUGUGUCCAGCACUCAGUAGAUGCUGUGAAUGCUGGGGUCAGCCCGAUAGGAGACACAUCCUAUAACUCCAGUCACUGGGACCUGGGCAGUGCCUUCUUCUUCGCUGGAACGGUCAUCACAACCAUAGGUAAUAGUAUCAAAUCAAAUCAAAUGUUAUUGGUCUCAUACACAUGUUAUUGGUCACCGCUAUCUAUUUAUUUCCAUUGAGGCCUAUGUGAUCUAUCACAUCUGUAGUUGCAUUACCUGUUAUUCUUGACCAUUCAACCAGUUUAAUAAUGGCCCUCUCAGGAAAAGGCAAUAGAUUGUUCUGAUCAUACGGUGGUUAUAGUGGUGGCCAAUAGUAUGUUGGUCUUUUAACGUUCAAGUGUUCUUACGGGGUAGGAAGUGAAGUGCUCUGUUGAAAACAAUGCAGAAACUUCCUAAAGUAUCAUCUGUUGAUUAAAACCUUGGUAACACUUUAUUUGCAUUGUCCAUCUGUAGAGUAAAACCUUGGUAACACUUUAUUUGCAUUGUCCAUCUGUAGAGUAAAACCUUGGUAACACUUUAUUUGCAUUGUCCAUCUGUAGAUUAAAAGCUUGGUAACACUUUAUUUGGAUAGUCCAUCUGUAGAUUAAAAGCUUGGUAACACUUUAUUUGGAUAUUCCAUCUGUAGAUGCUCUACAGACUAUCUACAGACUAUCAGUAACAUUUCAACUAACUAUCUACUAACCCUAACCGUAGCUCUAACCAUAACCAUAACCUUAACCCUUACCUUAACCCUUAUUCUAACCCUAACCGUAAUCUUAGCAAGCAGUUUCUUAUCAACAGAUAGUUUGUUGAUAGUAUGACCAUCUGUAGAGCAUCUACAGAUACAAAUUCCGGACUAUCCAAAUAAAGUGUGACUAAAACCUCUGCACACCUAAAACAAUUGUAUUACAUUUGGGAUACUCACAAGAAUGAUUGCUAGCGCAUUGUCAUUGUCAUCGUCCCUGAUUUGAAAAGACAGGAUCGUUUAUUAGCUGGUAGAACGUUCAGCUGUGAAUCAGGUCAAUACUAGCAAACUACCUCUCAGGGGUUUUGAUAUGAGAUAAAUCUGGGAUUGGUGUGUGAGUAUGAGCCUUCUGUCAGAUGAAAUAAAGUGAGCUGAUCCACUCCUGGGAGGAAUGCUACUGUCAGAAUGAGGAAUGGUCUCCAUUAUCUCCAUGACGACGGUGGAUAGUUGAUGCAGCUAAACCAAUGUUUCAUUUUCAUGUCUCACUACCACUUUGUUUGCGUUUGUUAUCUUUUUCAAGAGGAUGAGGAAUGAUUUGGAGGACGUUUAGAGUAGUUACCAGGCAGAGUUGGUGUAGUUCAAGUCAAGUGCAGGGGCUGGUGAAACAUUCUGAGAUUUUACCUGAGGUAGUGCCAUUUACAUCAAACACUAUGGGCCAGUUUCCCAGAACCAGAUUGAGUCUACUCCUGUAAUAAAAAACUAUGCUCAAUGGAGAAUAUGCAUUGAAAGUGAAUUUCUGUCCAGGAAAUGGAAUAAGCGUAAUUAGGGUCUCUGUGUUGCUCUGCCGCUGUGUUAUUUGUGUGGAAUCAGAUCAUCAAUCAUAGCAUUGUCUUCAACAGAACCUUCCAGACCAUUAGUACUGUUGACUAUUGAAGGUCUUUAGUUUGAUGGAGGAAGGAAGGUCUUUAGUUUGAUGGAGGGUCGGAAGGUAUUUAGUUUGAUGGAGGAAGGAAGGUCUUUAGUUUGAUGGAGGAAGGAAGGUCUUUAGUUUGAUGAAGGAAGGAAGGUAUUUAGUUUGAUGGCGGAAGGAAGGUAUUUAGUUUGAUGGAGGGCGGAAGGUCUUUAGUUUGAUGGAGGAAGGAAGGUCUUUAGUUUGAUGGAGGAAGGAAGGUCUUUAGUUUGAUGAAGGAAGGAAGGUAUUUAGUUUGAUGGAGGGCGGAAGGUCUUUAGUUUGAUGGAGGAAGGAAGGUCUUUAGUUUGAUGGAGGAAGGAAGGUAUUUAGUUUGAUGGAGGAAGGAAGGUCUUUAGUUUGAUGAAGGAAGGAAGGUAUUUAGUUUGAUGGAGGGCGGAAGGUCUUUAGUUUGAUGGAGGAAGGAAAAUAUUUAGUUUGAUGGAGGAAGGAAGGUCUUUAGUUUGAUGGAGGAAGGAAGGUCUUUAGUUUGGAGGGCGGAAGGUCUUCAGUUUGAUGGAGGAAGGAAGGUAUUUAGUUUGAUGGAGGGCGGAAGGUCUUUAGUUUGAUGGAGGAAGGAAAAUAUUUAGUUUGAUGGAGGAAGGUCUUUAGUUUGAUGGAGGAAGGAAGGUCUUUAGUUUGGAGGGCGGAAGGUCUUCAGUUUGAUGGAGGAAGGAAGGUAUUUAGUUUGAUAGAGGAAGGAAGGUCUUUAGUUUGAUGAAGGAAGGAAGGUAUUUAGUUUGAUGGAGGGCGGAAGGUCUUUAGUUUGAUGGAGGAAGGAAGGUCUUUAGUUUGAUGGGAGGAAGGGUCUUAGUUUGAUGAAGGAAGGAAGGUAUUUAGUUUGAUGGCGGAAGGAAGGUCUUAGUUUAGGAGGGCGGAAGUCUUUAGUUUGAUGGAGGCGGAAGGUCUUUAGUUUGAUGGAGGCUAGUGAGGAAGGAAGGUCUUUAGUUUGAUGGAGGGAAGGAAGGUCUUUAGUUUGAUGAGGAAGGAAUCAGGAAGAGUAUUUAGUUUGAUGGAGGGAGGAAGGUCUUUAGUUUGAUGGAGGAAGGAAGGUCUUUAGUUGUGGAGGGAAAGGAGAGGAGGAGGAAUAUUUAGUUUGAUGGAGGAAGGAAGGUCUUUAGUUUGAUGAGGAAGGAAGGUUUUAGUUUGAUGGAGGGCGGAAGGUCUUUAGUUGAUGGAGGAAGGAAGGAUAUUUAGUUUGAUGGAGGAAGGAGGUCUUUAGUUUGAUGGAGGAAGGAAGGUCUUUAGUUUGGAGGGCGGGAAGGUCUUCAGUUUGAUGGAGGAAGGAAGGUAUUUAGUUUGAUAGAGGAAUGAAGGUCUUUAGUUUGAUGGAAGAAGGAAGGUAUUUAGUUUGAUGGCGGAAGGAAGGUAUUUAGUUUGAUGGAGGGCGGAAGGUCUUUAGUUUGAUGGAGGAAGGAAGGUAUUUAGUUUGAUGGAGGAAGGAAGGUCUUUAGUUUGAUGAAGGAAGGAAGGUAUUUAGUUUGAUGGAGGGCGGAAGGUCUUUAGUUUGAUGGAGGAAGGAAGAUAUUUAGUUUGAUGGAGGAAGGAAGGUCUUUAGUUUGAGGAGGAAGGAAGAUAUUAGUUUGAGGGCGGAAGGUCUCAGUUUGAUGGAGGAAGGAAGGUAUUUAGUUUGAUAGAGGAAGGAAGGUCUUUAGUUUGAUGGAGGAAGGAAGGUCCUUAGUUUGAUGGAGGGUGGAAGGUAUAUCAUUUGGAGGGAGGAAGGUCUUUAGUUUGAUGGUUGAAGGAAGGUCUUCAGUUUGAUGGAGGGUGGAAGGUCUUUAGUUUGAUGGAGGAAGGAAGGUAUUUGGUUUGAUGGAGGGUGGAAGGUCUUUAGUUUGAUGGAGGAAGGAAGGUAUUUAGUUUGAUUGAGGGCGGAAGGUCUUUAGUUUGAUGGAGGAAGGAAGGUCUUUAGUUUGAUGGAGGGUGGAAGGUAUUUAGUUUGAUGGAGGAAGGAACGUCUUUAGUUUGAUGGAGGGCGGAAGGUCUUCAGUUUGAUGGAGGGCAGAAGGUCUUUAGUUUGAUGGAGGAAGGAAGGUAUUUAGUUUGGAGAGAGGAAGGUCUUUAGUUUAAUGGAGGAAGGAAAAUAUUUAGUUUGAUGGAGGGCGGAAGGUCUUUAGUUUGAUGGAGGGCGGAAGGUCUUUAGUUUGAUGGAGGAAGGAAGGUCUUUAGUUUGGAGGGCGGAAGGUCUUCAGUUUGAUGGAGGAAGGAAGGUAUUUAGUUUGAUAGAGGAAGGAAGGUCUUUAGUUUGAUGGAGGAAGGAAGGUCUUUAGUUUGAUGGAGGGUGGAAGGUAUUUCGUUUGGAGGGAAGAAGGUCUUUAGUUUGAUGGAGGAAGGAAGGUCUUUAGUUUGAUGGAGGAAGGAAGGUAUUUGGUUUGAUGGAGGGCAGAAGGUCUUUAGUUUGAUGGAGGGCGGAAGGUCUUUAGUUUGAUGGAGGAAGGAAGGUCUUUAGUUUGAUGGAGGAAGGAAGGUCUUUAGUUUGAUGAAGGAAGGAAGGUAUUUAGUUUGAUGGAGGAAGGAAGGUCUUUAGUUUGAUGGAGGAAGGAAGGUAUUUAGUUUGAUGGAGGAAGGAACAUCUUUAGUUUGAUGGAGGAAGGAAGGUCUUUAGUUUGAUGGAUGGUGGAAGGUCUUUAGUUUGGAGGGAGGAAGAUCUUUAGUUUGAUGGAAGGCGGAAGGUAUUUAGUUUGGAGGGAGGAAGGUCUUUAGUUUGAUGGAGGAAGGAAGGUCUUUAGUUUGAUGGAGGGUGGAAGGUAUUUAGUUUGAUGGAGGAAGGACGGUAUUUCGUUUGAUGGAGGGAGGAAGGUCUUUAGUUUGAUGGAGGAAUUAAGGUAUUUAGUUUGAUGGAGGGUGGAAGGUCUUUAGUUUUAUGGAGGAAGGAAGGUAUUUAGUUUGAUUGAGGGCGGAAGGUCUUUAGUUUGAUGGAGGGCGGAAGAUCUUCAGUUUGAUGGAGGGCAGAAGGUCUUUAGUUUGAUGGAGGAAGGAAGGUAUUUAGUUUGGAGAGAGGAAGGUCUUUAGUGUAAUGAAGGAAGGAAAAUCUUUAGUUUGAUGGAGGAAGGAAGGUCUUCAGUUUGAUGAAGGAAGGAAGGUAUUUAGUUUGAUGAGAGUGGAAGGUCUUUAGUUUGAUGGAGGAAGGAAGGUAUUUAGUUUGAUGGAGGGCGGAAGGUCUUUAGUUUGAUGGAUGAAGGAAGGUCUUUAGUUUGAUGGAGGGCAGAAUGUAUUUAGUUUGAUGGAGGGCGGAAGGUCUUCAGUUUGAUGGAGGAAGGAAGGUCUUUAGUUUGACGGAGGGUGGAAGGUCUUUAGUUUGAUGGAGGAUGGAACUUCUUUAGUUUGAUGGAGGGCGGAAGAUCUUUAGUUUGAUGGAGGAAGGAAGGUAUUUAGUUUGAUGGAGGGCAGAAUGUAUUUAGUUUGAUGGAGGGCGGAAGGUCUUCAGUUUGAUUGAGGGUGGAAGGUCUUUAGUUUGAUGGAGGAAGGAAGGAGGCCUUUCACUUUCAAUUCAGUGGCAUGUCUCUGAUUAAACCAGAAGAGUUGGACUGGCCUAUACUCCGUUCUGUGAUUCCAAAUGGAAACUGACACUGUGCAAGCAGUGGACAAAGGGACAGAAGCUUAGCUAGCAGACAGCCCAUGUUAACCAUAUUAGCCCUUUGUGGCGAGCAGUGUGUGUAUAAAGUCUACUGGGAAGAGGAGAUGGAUUUGGUAUUGCACAAACCCACUGUGGUUGUCUGCCAUUGAUAGGAUAGAGGUUUAAGCCUUUUCACAUCCAAAAAAUAUCCUCUUCUCCUUCUCUACUCCUUCCACAGGGUACGGUAACAUUGCCCCCAGCACAGAGGGUGGGAAGAUUUUCUGUAUCCUGUAUGCAAUAUUUGGCAUCCCUUUGUUUGGGUUCCUGCUAGCCGGUGUGGGGGACCAGCUAGGGACCAUAUUCGUGAAAAGCAUCGCCAAGGUGGAGAAAAUGUUCAGAGUAAGUUCACAUCAUACAGUAAUCCACAACUAUAUGAAAAAUAUGAACAAUCAUGAUGCUAUUUUGAUGUACUAUAAUAAUAAUGAUUGAUUAUCAUCAAAAUAACUUUUAAAUGUGAGGUAGUGAUAGGCUAGAGCCCUCAAACUCAACUCUGGACCUCAAAGCCACUUCCACUGCAUGUUUUAAUUGUUCCCCUGUAAUCAGCUACUGAUUUAGACCUGGGACACCAGGCGGGUGCAAUUAAUGAUCAGGUAGAACAGAACCAGCAGGCUCCGGACCUCGUAGGGUAAGAGUUGAAUACCCUUGAUCUAGAGAGUAGAGAGAUCUGGGGGUUUUCCCAGUUGAAAUGGAAAGUUUUCACAUACUGAGUGAGGUAUGAUCCUCUGCUAAUGAUGUGUGGGGUCUACAUUAUGGGUUGUUAAUGAGCAGGGGGUGAUGGCUGUCCUGCUUUACUCUGAUUGGCCCAACAGCUCCAAUCUGCCCUGUGGGGUUUUAUAGUUUAGCAGUCAAACAGGAAUACCUGGGGGGUAAUUCAUUAUGUCUUGCAACGGGAACCAUUUACCAUUUAAGAACCAAACAGCAGAAAACAGAACGAAACGGGGAGGGAACUACAUGAAUUUGUCCAAUAGAAACUCUUGUUUUCAUUGCAAAAUAUUUUCCAUUUGGAGUAAACGGUUUAAACGUUUUGCAACAUAAUCUGCAUAAUGAACACACCCCUGGGGUGAGAGCUGUACUGAGUGAGCUGUGCCUCUGUGACAGCCAACAGACACAACCACCAAUCAGGCAUCUUUAGCUCAUCACUAGGCAGUGUCAGAGUGGAUAAAUAGAUGCCACCUUGUCAGAGUCACGAAUGUCAUCACUCGAACUCAGUAGGGACGCCACCACAGAACAACAACACACUGUGUGCCCUCUGUUAAAAUGGCCUCCAUCGUGCCUGUUUGUGUGUGUGUGCUCUUCUCCUCCCCCAGCGCAAACACAAUCAGAUCAGCCAGACAAAGAUCCGAGUGGCCUCCACGUUACUCUUCAUCCUGGCGGGCUGCAUCCUCUUCGUCAGCAUUCCUGCGGUCAUCUUCAAACACAUAGAAGGCUGGACGGGACUGGAGGCCAUCUACUUUGUAGUCAUCACUCUGACAACUAUUGGAAUAGGAGACUAUGUGGCAGGUGAGAACUAGCAUGUUUCUGUACUGAAUGUUUCUGUACUGAAUGUUUCUGCAGUGAAACACACUGCUCUUGCUCUGACGAAGGUCUUGACGCCGAUACAUAAAGCUUAAUAAAGAGCAGAUACUAGCAAGAGCAGUGAUACUAGCAAGAGCAGUGAAACUAGGAAGAGCAGUGAUACUAUCAAGAGCAGUGAUACUAGCAAGAGCAGUGAUACUAGCAAGAGCAGUGAUACUAGGAAGAGCAGUGAUACUAUCAAGAGCAGUGAUACUAGCAAGAGCAGUGAUACUAGGAAGAGCAGUGAUACUAUCAAGAGCAGUGAUACUAUCAAGAGCAGUGAAACUAGCAAGAGCAGUGAUACUAGCAAGAGCAGUGAUACUAGGAAGAGCAGUGAUACUAUCAAGAGCAGUGAUACUAGCAAGAGCAGUGAUACUAGCAAGAGCAGUGAUACUAUCAAGAGCAGUGAUUUCCCAAUCGCUGUUUGACACACAAACGCUUGUCUUCAGAAAAUUUACUUUGCUAAUUUCUAGCCAAUCAGCUUAAGAUAUUUAGGUAGAAAAUGUGCCAAUAGAAUCAUUGAAUAUCAGGGUAGUGUUCAUUAGGCACCAAACGGAAGAAAAUGAACUGAAACAGGUCUACUCCACCCUCCUGAACAUGACCCAGGUCUCUCAUCAUGCAGAAUGUUUCAUUGUGUGUUUACAUCCUACAGGAGGGGACCGGAGGGUGGAGUAUCGUAAUUGGUAUAGACCACUGGUGUGGUUCUGGAUCCUGGUGGGUUUGGCCUAUUUCGCCGCUGUACUGAGUAUGAUCGGUGACUGGCUGAGGGUUCUGUCCAAGAAGACAAAAGAGGAGGUAAGAUGAUUUACUUCUGGGUGGUAUUAUAUGACUACGCUAUACUACUAUGGUAUAGAACUGGAAUGGUGUAGUUGAAUACUACAUUGGCUUAAGUAUUUUUUUUUUACCCAACUUUUAACCUAAAUCCAAUGACAUGGUGAAAUGUUUUGUUGAUUUCACGUUGAAUUCACGUUAGUUAACAACUCAACCAAAUGUUGAGACGUUGAACUGACAUAUAUGCCCAAGUGGGUAGUUACUUCCACCAAUUCUGUAAACUAUUCCUUUAAGGUAAAAGUCAGUUCAUUUGGAUUGUCAUGCGUUAUAGUAUUUUAUGGUGUGAAAUUACCUUGGUUUUAUCUUCCCGCGCACAAGGUUGGAGAGAUCAAGGCCCACGCGGCUGAGUGGAAGGCCAACGUACGCGCAGAGUUCCGGGAGACGCGGCGGCGCCUGAGCGUGGAGGUCAGCGACAAGCUCCAGCGGGCCGCCACCAUCCGUAGCAUGGAGCGCCGUCAGCUGGGCCUGGACCAGCGGGCCGUCUCCAUGGACAUGCUCUCCCCGGAACGCCGUGCCGCCUUCAACAGCCUGGACACCAACCCCUACAAGACCUCGUCCCAGGAGAGCAUCGAUACCAAGCUCAACAACCUGCGUCUGAGAGGGGCCGAGUGUGAUCCGCACCGGUCCAACAACGUGGCCUCCUCGGAGGACAACAUCUUUAAUCGCCUGGGCUCCAUCACCAAGAUGGCCAAGAGGAACAAGAACCGCGAGCUGAAGAAGAAUAUCCCAGAUGAGCUACGAUGCAGGCCCUAUAGUACUCCGCCCAUGGAAAUGGGGGAGAGGAAGGAGGAAGAGGAAGAGGAAGAGGAGGAAAAUGAGGGGUUAGACAAAGAGUUCAACACCAGCCUGUCCGAUCUGCCGCUGUUCGUCGAAGUGUGCAAGCCCCAGAAUGGUUUCACAGUACCGUUCAUACCACUACAGACCAAAGAAAAAGAAACUGAGGAGGAGACACUUGACCUUGAAGAAAAAGAGCUGCAUAUCCAGAUGGAUCCUUAA